AUGGAAGUUCAUAUUACUUCAAAGCAAUUGGUUAAGCCCUCCUCUUCGAAACUUCAUCUUUUGGAGCCCUUCAAGCUUUCCCUUUUAGACCAACUCGCUCCAAGAAAGUAUACUCCGGGAGUCUUCUUCUACGCUAAACCCAGUGAUUCCGAUAUCGACAGUUCCCAAUUCUCAGAGCAACUAAAACAAUCACUCUCGAAAGCUUUGGCUCAGUUUUACCCUGCUUCUGGUCGGCUGAAGAAAAACCUUUUUAUUACUGAUUUCGACGAGGGAGUUCCUUAUGUUGAAACCAGGGUGAAAGGACGGUUAUCCGAUUUCAUUGGCCAAACUCAAAAUAUAGAGGCAAUGAACCGAUUGCUUCCUUGUCGACCCUUUUGCUAUAUUGAAGACUCAACAGCUCCCCAAUUGGCUGUUCAACUCAACAUCUUCGACUGUGGUGGGAUUGCACUUGCUUUGUGUGCUUUCCACAAGGUCUUCGAUGGAACAACUGUGUCUGCUUUCAUGAACAGUUGGGCAGCUUUCAGUCGAGGCUCGAAUGGCGAAAUACCAAAUCCUGGACUGUUAGGGGCAUCGUCACGGUUUUUCCCUCCGAUCGAGUCGAUGCCGGACAACGCUGACGUGAAAAGCCUCUUCUUUAAUGACGUCCGGCGUAAGAUAACAAGGACAUACGUGUUUGAUGCCAAUGCGAUCUCGACUCUUAAGAUGAAAGCGAAAGGCAAAAGCUUGGAGCAUCCUUCCCGUGUAUUAGCUCUCAGUGCAUUCCUAUGGAAACAUGGCAUCCAGGCAUCUCGAUCAGUGUCUGCAACUCUAAAACCAGCUAUUUUAUGCCAACCAGUAAACAUUCGACCCAGAUUGAAGCCCCAAUUACCUAUUUAUUCAAUUGGUAAUCUGUAUUCGAUGGCAAUUAGCAUGUAUAGCCCAGUUGGGGAAGAUAUAGACUUGUCUGAGUUGGGUGUUCUAGUGAGAGAAGCAACGCAAAGUGCCCCUAAUGAUCCCCAAGUUGUUCUACAAGGGUUUAAAACUAUGACUGACGGACUCAGCCAUCUUGCAGAAAUGGUGUCAAAAGGAGAUGCAGAUUUUUUCAUUUUAAGCAGCUUGUUGAAUACUUUGGAUGCAGAUGAAGAUUUUGGGUGGGGAAAGCCCACUCUCAUUAGCACUCCAGCGGUUGAUAGCCGUAAUCGGGAGCUGCGCAAUUGGUUCUAUCUGAAAAAAGCCAAGCAGCACAAAGCCAUUGAAGUAUGGAUUACUCUGUCAGACAAAGAGAUGGAUUUUCUUGAACAUGACCCAGAGUUCCUGGCAUUUACCUCUCCAAAAUCUUGCUUUGAUAAAAGUAAGAUCUAA